CAACUUAUCCACAUGAGGUAGUUCGUACGAGAUUGCAAAACCAAACUCAUGAACCAUUUAAAUAUCUAGGAAUAUUGCAUGCUGUUAAGGUAAUAAGACAUGAAGAAGGAUUUUUGGCUUUUUAUAAAGGAAUGUCAACCAAUCUAUUAAGAACUGUACCAGCAAGUGCGUUAACUAUUUUAACUUACGAGGUUUUAGUUAGAAAGUUAAAUGCGAGUUCUGAUAAGGGUGGUUGA